CUUUUUAGAAGUUGAUAUAUUUAUUUUAACCCGAUGACAGCAAUAUUUUGAGUCUGGAAUGGCUUCAGCUAGUGAAACAUUUUGUGGUGUGUGUGAAACCCAACACGUGGUGAGAGAUGCCGACUUUUGGUGUUCUGAAUGUGACGAAGGGUUAUGUUCAUCUUGCGAAAAACACCAUCGUGCCUCCAAAGCCUCAAGAAAUCAUGAAGUUAUUUCAAUGAACAAUUAUCAAAAACUACCACACACUAUUGCAAGUAUAAACCAAUACUGCUCAGACCAUGACAAAAAAUAUCAGUACUUCUGUUCCCAGCAUGAAAACCUCUGUUGUCCGCUUUGCAUCACAACAAACCACAAAACAUGUGAUUUGAUGGCGAUUGAUGAUAUUGUUAAAACGUCGAAGACCUCGGCAUUAUAUGACAUCAUGGAACAAAGUUUACAAGAUGUGAAAAAAAACCUAGGAAGAAUAGUAAAAGACCGGAGACAGAAUUUGGGGAAAAUUCAACAACAGCGACAGACUUUCCACACAGAUAUACAAAUGAUACGUGAUAAAAUAAACAAGCACCUAGAUAUACUUGAAAAUGAAAUUCUACAGGAUAUCAAAGCAGUGGAACAGAAAGUCCACUCACAAAUAGAAAGACUUCUUUCUAAAUUUUCCGACCAUGAGAAAUCAUUAGAUGAGCUACAAAAAAAUAUUGUCGCGACGAAAACUUUUGCAACUGACCUUCAAUCAUUUCUUGGAGGUAAAAUGUUCGAGGCCCAGAUCCAUAAAGAAGAGAUGUUCAUGCAGUCUUUAUUAAAAGAUGGAAACUUACAACAAAUAAACCUGAAAUGUAGAAUGGAUGACAAGAUGUUGGACAUACUCUCCAUGACAAAGAUAGGAGAGAUAUCAGUUAUAACAACCCAACCAACCAUUACAUUGAAGAUGGAUAGAGACAAACAAGCUCAACAUACAUUGCCGACGAUAUCAAAAACAAUCAAUGACAUCAACCUUACCUUACUGAAGAAAAUUGAGAUACCAGAAAAGAGGAGAGGAAAUGGAAUUAGAGGCUGCACUAUCAUGCCUACUUGGAAAAUAGUUUUUGUAGAUAAUUUCAAUAGUCGUCUUCUUAUCCACAAAGAAAACGGAUUAUUUGACUAUGAAAUACCGGUUUCACAACGUCCCGUUGAUGUUACUUGCAUUAAUGAAAACACCGUCGCUGUCACCCAUAAUGCAAAGCCUGAUCAUAUAGAAAUCAUCAACAUCGCCGAUAGAAAGAGUGUUAAAAGAAUUGAAACGUUCAAUGCGUGCUUCGGCAUUACAAAUAUAGAAGGAAGAUUGAUAUAUUAUGAAUUAGGAAGUGGUAUUCUAACAGCAGACGUCACUGAUGACUGUCGAGAAGACCGCGGGACCGGCAACGUAUCGGAAGUCACAUUGUAUCUAAGGGCGACGUCACACGGCGACGUCUCCUUAUAUUCUUAG